CUUCCAGCCCAGCCCCCCGCGAGCCAGGUGAGCGACCGCCACCUCCCCUGCGUCUGCAGGACCUGCUCCUCCAUGAACUUGCCAAGAGCUACGCGCCUUCGCUCCACACCGCCGCGCAGCCUCCGGGGCUCCGACGGGGAAGACGGAGAGAUCGAUAUCCUGGGAGAGGAGGAGGAAGAAGACGAGGAGGCCGAGGGGAGCCAGCGAUUCCUAGAGCAGCUGCACCAGCCGGGGCCGCAGGGGACACGGCGGGGCGCGGGCGCUCUUCCCCGGGAGCGCACUGAGAGCGGCGGCGGCCCUAGCGACUCCACCGAGUUUGGCAACACGUUCAGUGCAUCGACCGGGUCUGCGGCGGCCUCUGGGGAUGCCCCGCAGCCGGCGAAGCCCCCCUACUCAUACAUCGCGCUCAUCACCAUGGCCAUCCUGCAGAGUCCGCACAAGCGCCUCACGCUCAGCGGCAUCUGCGCCUUCAUCAGCGGCCGCUUCCCAUACUACCGCCGCAAGUUCCCGGCCUGGCAGAACAGCAUCCGCCACAACCUCUCGCUCAACGACUGCUUCGUCAAGAUCCCCCGCGAGCCGGGCCACCCGGGCAAAGGCAACUACUGGAGCCUGGACCCUGCCUCCCAGGACAUGUUCGACAACGGCAGCUUCCUCCGGCGCAGGAAGCGCUUCAAGCGCCACCGCCCGCCCCCAGGAGCCCACCUGCAUCACCCCUUCCCCCUGCUCGCUGCGCCUGCCGCCUUGCACGGCCCCUACCCGGGCCUGCUCCUCGGGUCCCCGGCCCCGCCGCAGCCUGUCCCGGGGGCCUACCCCGCCGCCGCCCCCGGGAGCCGCCCGUGCGCCCUGCUGCACCCUCAUCCCCUUCGCUACCUGCUGCUCUCGGCCCCGGCCUACGCUGAGGCACCGAGAAAAGCGCAAGGCGCGGACCUGGCGACCCCCGGCGCCCUUCCGGCGCUGCAGCCCUCGCUGGGCUCCCAGUCUUGGGAAGAGGGCAAGGGGCCUGCGUCGCGGCCGGGAGGAGGAUGCACCUCUUUCAGCAUCGAGAGUAUCAUGCAAGGGGUCCGGGGAGGGGAUACUGGGGCCGCGCAGAGCCUGCCCCCGACCCCGUGGGGCUACUGCCACCUGCUGCAGCGCCCGUCGUGCCUGUCGGACGAUCUUGCAGCAGCAGCGGCAGCAGGACUGUGCUAA